GGGUGCGGCGCUAAAUGUUGCAAUGAAUGCCGGUGCUGAUGCCGUUUUUAUCUUUGGUAUGGACAAUUCCCUUUUCCUCACAUCUGCGAAACACUCACGCGCUAUAUGUGAAGAAAACACUUUUUGUAUGUGCUUUCUGACAAAUAAAAAACACUAUGCUUUACGCUAAUCUUGAGGCAAUUUUCUACACAGCUCACUUCCUGGCAGCAAAAUUCAUAUUUGGAGCUCCAUGUGUAUUGAUACUUCUAAUCUAUAAGUGGAUGAGAAGACACCAAGCAAUGGAUGCAAACAUCGAAGAAUUUCUACAAGCUCACAACAACUUUUUGCCCAUAAGGUACUCUUACUCAGAUAUCAAGAAGAUCACAAAAAAUUUCAAAUACAAGUUAGGUGAAGGGGGAUAUGGUUCUGUGUACAAAGGAAUGCUUAGGAGUGGCAAUGAAAUCGCAGUUAAGAUUUUGAAUAAACCAAAAUCUAAUGGCCAAGAUUUUAUAAGUGAAGUGGCCACAAUUGGAAGGAUCCAUCAUGUUAAUGUGGUGCAACUUGUUGGUUUUUGUUUCGAUUAUUCCAAACAAGCUCUUGUCUAUGAUUUCAUGCCGAAUGGAUCCUUGGAUAAGCACAUUGUCUAUAAGGAUGAAGGAGAUUCUCUUGAUUAUAAGAAAAUGUAUGAGAUAUCUCUCGGCAUAGCUAGAGGCAUAGAGUAUCUACAUCGCGGAUGUGACAUGCAAAUUCUACACUUUGACAUCAAGCCUCACAAUAUUCUCCUAGACCAGAGUUUCACUCCGAAAGUUUCUGACUUUGGACUUGCAAGACUUUAUCCCACUAAUCGCAACACAGUAACAUUGACUGCAGCAAGAGGAACCUUGGGAUAUAUGGCGCCCGAACUAUUCUAUAAGGACAUUGGUGGUGUUUCUUAUAAAGCUGAUGUUUAUAGUUUUGGGAUGAUGUUGAUGGAAAUGGCCGGCAGAAGGAGAAACAUAAAUGCAAAUGUAGAUGAUUCGAGUGAAAUUUAUUUUCCUUUGUGGGUUUAUGAUCAACUCAACAAAGGAAAGGAGGUUGAAACUGUAGAUGCCAUUGAUGAAGAGAGAGAGUCAACGAGGAAGAUGAUAAUCAUUGCUCUUUGGUGCAUACAAUUGAGCCCUGAUGAUCGACCGUCAAUGAGCCGAGUCCUUAAUAUGUUAGAAGGAGAGAUCAAUGAACUACAACUUCCCCCGAAACCACUUCUAUAUCCAAUGGAGACGUCGGUUGAUAAUGUCGAGACUGAAAUUGAACUUGAAACUCUCUCAUCUUCUUCAAGUGUUCCAACAAUUUCUAACAGUCACCACUAUGAGCACGAUAACAAGAUGGCAGAAUCUUGUUUGGUGUGACAUAGUCCCUCAUGUAGAAAUUGAAUGCAGGUGCGGUCACUUGUGCUGGAUUUACUGGUGUAAUCCUUAGAGCUAUCUAUUGGUAUAGCAUCCAUGAUAUACUGGUGUUUAAAUAAGUUUGGACACAGAUGCCUCACUUAAAAGAAUUUUGAUUCAAUUUAGGGCAUAGUAAUUCAGUUUUAAAUAUGUGAAAGCUAU